AUGACCUCUCACAAGAUUUCUUAUAGAAAUCAGCUGGCGGUCCUUGAUGUCGAAAAAACAGUCCUGUCGCCUCCACAAAUGCAAAUGAUUGCACACGAAUUCAAUUUUUCCGAAACCGUCUUUCUGCGCCGAAAUGACUCUGGGGAGUUCGCUGUCAACAUUUAUACGCCGGUGACUGAAAUUGACUUCGCCGGGCAUCCCGUCAUCGGAACCGGCCACGUUAUAUUUCAACGGCUCCUGCCUAGCCUCCAAGAGUAUCAGCUGUCUUCCGAGAUCCUUCUUUCCACUAAUGCAGGACCCGUCACGCUUCAUCAUAAUGCAGAAGAAGCAACAGUGUCUGCCCAAGUGCCUCACAAUAUUCAUAUCCAUUCACGACCGACAACCAAGCAACAAGUCCUAACGACACAGCCAUCCCUGCAUGGACACUCCUCAUCGUUGGAGGAAGGAUAUCCCGCUGUAUCUAUUGUCAAACGUGCCACUUAUACACUGGUGGAUUUGACAAGGGAUCCAGAUGCAUUCGCGUGUUUGAGUGCUGGGCCCAGUCGGGUCACCGAGCUGGAUGAUGGCUGGUCUCCUUCAUUCACUGGUGUAAUGUACUAUUUGACGUCAACACCUUACAUCGAGGAAGGCUUCGUGAUGCAAAGGCUUCGAGUUCGCAUGAUUGCAAUCGAUCUCGAGGAUCCAGCCUGCGGCAGUGGCUGCAGCUCUCUCUGUGCUUACUUGGCCCUGCGGCAGGGUGGGCCAAGAGCGCAGUUCAAAUUUCUCAUUGAGCAAGGAAAGGAGAUUGGGCGGGACAGUUACAUUCAUGUGGGAAUUACGUUGAAUCAGAACGGAGACGGUGUAGAGACCAUUUCUCUCACCGGCCAGGCGGCAAUGGUGAUGGAGGGCACACUGUUGCUACCCGAGUAA